AUGCCCGUGUGCUGCGAGGGCCUGGUCGACUAUUACGACGACCCGCGCAAGGUGAGCGCCGUGGACAAGAACGCCAAGGAUGUGGGCACGGGCUCUAUCACACAACAAUCAAUUAUUGUGAUUGACAAUCUUGACAAUAUUACAAUCGCAAUCAUAUUUUCCAACGCCCCUGGCUGCGGCGACGUGAUGAAGCUGUACCUCCAUAUGGACGAACACGACACCAUUGUCGACUCGUUGUCCACGACAAUCGGCUGCGGUGCGGUUGGGCGAUUGUGUUCUCCUCGGUGA